UCUGCAUGACUAGAAAAAAAAGACUAUAUAUAGUUGUACAAGCAACUGACAGGGAUUUAGUCAUAAUAAGUAUUAACAAAUCUCAAAGUAUGAAGAUAUGUCAAAAUAUUUCUUUACACGGAGAAUGAGUUGUAUGAAAUGAGGCUUAAUGUGGCCUAAUAAAUGUGUGUUAUCUGGCUAACUAAAACAUGACAUAACGGAUUUACAAAAACAGAGCAAGUUUAACAAGUGCAGUUCAUGAGUUUUUCAAAUUUGAAGGUUGAGAUCGACUUUGUUAAAAUAGAUCGUAGUGACACUUACAAAUGGAUAUUUCCGUCUUCAUUUGACGUCGGUGCCAGUUUAACACUAUAUGUCACAAUUCCAAUUUCCUUUAAUUCAAUUGAAAUGAACAUCGCUGAUACCAUCAAAGAGAACCUCGGCGUCACUGAUUCUGAUCCGGAAAUCGUGUUGAACCAUUUAAAGUUUCAACAUAACACGGGAAUAGUAAACUAUUUCAAGAAUGGAUGGGGGAGUGCUGGUUCUUCUGUUACACCACAACCAAUAACGAAUGGAAAUACUCACGCCAUAACGUUCGAAGCACAUGCAGAUUUUAUCAGGGUAUGAAACAUU